AGAAUGAAUGAUGUCAGGAAAUGCUGUGGCAGACAGGGGAGGUGGGGACAAGCAACGAGAAUGAAACUGACUGUAAACGGAACAGUGGCUUCAGAAACCGAAAGGGCUUGCUCGCCUACAGUCUCUGUCUUCCUCUCCACCUUCCAGGAGCCGUUCUUAGGCUGUGGAAAGCUCUCCAGCUGUUGCACUGCCGGCCUAACGGUCCAUAUGGCAUUCCCGAGAGGCGGGGAGGAAAAGGUGUGUGACUGAGAAGUGACGGGGUGGAUAAAAACUGGGAGCGGAAGACGGAGGGUGGGCAAACUUUCUUCUAGCUGUUUCUCCUUGCGGCUAUUAGCCUGGAGAUAGGAGUGUCCCUGUUUGUAGCCAGAAGGAGCGGCAAGUACUAAAGAGCCUGGAAGCUCUAAAGAAUUAGUUCAUGCUGGGUGUUAGAAGACUUUGAGUUCCUGCUCUGAGGCUAUUGCCUUCGUUAAAAAAAAAGAAAGAAAAAAAAGAGGUGCUAAAAGAUUUGAGAAAUAACUAUCAUGGAGCAGAAUAUUACCAGAAGCAUAUUUUGAAAUCAAUAUCCAGGUAGCAUGUUGAUGAUUCUUAAAAGAAAAAUCUACCGAAGAACCAAAGCUGUGGCUCAAAGUGGGACUUACAGUUUCUGUAUGCUUUGUUUAAAGAAUAAAAGUGGGUGAAAGUGGAUGAGGUAGACUUUAAAAAAAGAAGUGGACGAUAUUUUUGGAAAUCAAACUAGAAUUCAUUAAUUCUGUCACACAUAUUAAACCUGAUGGAUACCAUAGAGACAGCAAAGCUUGAAGAACAUAUGGAAGGCCAGACCAGUGAAACUUCCAAUGGUUAUGCUCGACCUGCUCUGACUGUUAGUGAGGAAAACAAGAAUGGCAGCAACAAACCAAAGAGUUUAUCCAAUGGUUUGCGAAAAGGUGCUAAAAAUUAUCCAGAAUACACACAAAUUUCCAUGCCCACUGAAUCUAGAAACAAGUUUCCUUUGGAAUGGUGGAAAACGGGCAUUGCCUUUGUAUAUGCUGUCUUCAAUUUAGUUUUAACAACUGUCAUGAUCACAGUGGUACAUGAGAGGGUACCUCCCAAGGAGCUCAGUCCUCCGUUGCCAGAUAAAUUUUUUGAUUAUAUUGAUCGCGUGGAAUGGGCUUUUUCUGUAUCAGAAAUAAAUGGAAUUAUCCUUGUUGGAAUAUGGAUAAUCCAAUGGUUGUUUCUUAAAUACAAAUCAAUAGUAGGACGAAGGUUCUUUUUUAUAUUGGGAACUCUUUACCUCUAUCGGUGCAUUACCAUGUAUGUCACCACUUUACCUGUACCUGGAAUGCAUUUUCAGUGUGCUCCAAAGCUAAAUGGUGAUUCUCAAGCUAAAAUUCAGCGAAUUCUGCAACUAAUUUCUGGAGGUGGUCUGUCUAUAACAGGCUCACAUAUCUUAUGUGGAGAUUUUCUAUUCAGUGGACACACUGUAGUGUUAACACUCACUUACCUAUUUAUCAAGGAAUAUUCACCUCGUCAUUUUUGGUGGUAUCACUUGAUUUGCUGGUGUAUGAGUGUUGCUGGAAUAAUCUGUAUCCUGGUAGGACAUGAGCAUUACACUGUAGAUGUUGUAAUUGCUUAUUUUAUCACAACAAGAUUCUUCUGGUGGUAUCACGCAAUGGCUAAUGAAAAGAACUUGAAAAUAUCAUCACAGACUAACUUUCUGUCUCGAGCAUGGUGGUAUCCAAUAUUCAAUUUCUUUGAGAAGAAUGUACAAGGGUCAGUUCCUUGCAGUUUCUCAUGGCCAAUAACAUGGCCUCCUGGUUGUUUCAAGUCUUCCUGCAAAAAAUAUUCCCGUGUGCAGAAAACGGGAGAGGACAAUGAAAAAUCCACCUGAAGAAGAUGAAGGCAAAAACAUGCAUAUUUUUUUCCUUUUUAUCAAAACACUUAUGCUAUAACCAAAGCUCUCAAGAUGACUAGAUUGUUUAUUGAAGAAGUGGAGCAGACUCUGUGCAAUUGAUCUGAGAAAAGACUUUUGUAGCCAUUAGAAAAUAAUAGCUAUCCCUUGGUAUUUUUUUAUAGUCAUAUUGUACAAUUUCAUCCCACUCUUCAGUAUUAGUAGACAUUGGCAUUCGAUAACACUCCAGUGCCAAUAUAAUACUUCCUGAGGAAAAGAGCCAGGAUGUUGGCUUCUUAAUGAGAUUAAGAGGUGCCAAAGUACACAUCACACCAUCUGUUGUUAAAUAUCAUUCACCCACAGAAGCAUCGAAACAAAAUAUCAGUUUCAGAUUUCUGCAGUUUGAUGAGCAAAAAAAAAAAAAAAAGGUAAAAGGCGCAAUACUGGUCUCUCAAGCCAAGAGUAACAGAAAUUGGCAGGCAGAGAUCUUAAUCCAACUGGUGCAUAUAUAAGGCCUUUUACAUAUAAGUGGUAAAACCAGAACAUGAUCUUUCAUAUUCUCAAUGGGAAUGAAUUAUAUUAUGACUCCCAUAAUGCCACCACUGUAUCUACAUGCUAUCCUCUGUUAACUUUUACAUUUUUUAAAAUGUGGUAAUUUUAUAUAUGAAAAUAAAUCCUAUUUUACCCGAUGAUACUAUAAGCUAGAAAUAAUGUCUACUAAUGUCAUCAAUGUCCUAAAAGAGAAGAGAUAAACUAAUUUAUUGUUAAAAUACAUUAUAUGUCAAAAGGAUUAUUUUCUACUGCUCAGUUUGCAUGACUUUGCGGCAGAUGUACAUGAUACAUUUUUUGAACAUUAACAUUCAUAGUUAAUGUUCAAUAGAUGACUUAUUUGGAGAGUCUGCAAAUAUUGACCAUCCUUCAGACAACAAUUGACAAGAAAGUAUAUCAGUUAAUAAAGAUAGUGGUCUGAUGACAAUUUUCAGCACUCAAAAGGCAACUCGUAAUUUUGAAUGGGUUGUAACCAGUCUAUAUCCAUCUGUUGACAAGAGUGCUUUUGAAGUUCCUAUUACCAGAAAAAGAAAAAAAAAAUGAUUUUAGUGAUUCCCUUCUGCAUUUUUUUGCCUUUUCCCCAGAUUUAACCUAGUUCAUUAAGUUCCCCUUCAGAACAGCUUGGGAGUGAUACAGAAACGUUCAGGGAAAAGGGGAAAACAAUUAUCAUUCUGCUAAUGAAAGCCUCUCCUGGAUUAAAAUGUCUUCUGCGCAAAGUAUUCUGUUGUGAGGGUUACUGAAAUACAUAUGCAUAUGACCAUACAAUACAAUGCAUUUAAAAUAACAAAUUGAAGUAAGCAUUUAAGAUCAAGAAGGACAGCAAUUCAUACUUACCGGCUUUAGUGUCAUCUUGAAAAUGAUUUUUUCAGUGUUUUUUUUUAAGUUGCAUUCACUAAAACAUUGAGGUAGAUAUGAUGCAUUUACUGAUGAAUAUCAUUUUUGCUUUCCUUUGGCAUUUGAGUUGUUAUGCUAAAGUUUUUCCACUGAAUAUUUUGUUUCACUAUUACCUAACACUAUUUAUUAUUAAAUGGUCACAUAGCCAAUCUGAUAUCUUCUAGUUUUCAAGGUUUAUUUGUUUGAACAAAGUCUUUCUUUAUAAUAUAACCAUUAUAUUAUUAAGCUCAUGAGCACAAAAAUUUACAUGGCCCACUACUUUUGUUCAGUUUGGCUCAAAAACAGUGCUAUUAGAAUUACAACACAGCAGUUAAAUAGAUUGUAUUUUUUCAUAUUAUACUAUGCUUUUAUAAUGCGUCAGUAAAGGCAGAAAACCACUAUUCACAUUUGCUUUAAUUAGUAUAACAUUUAAAUAAUAUUUUGAAGUUUAUAAUUACAUAACAAGUUUGUAAGAUCCAAUUAGAAAAAAACAUGGAGUUUGGUGGAAAUUUUCUAAAAGCUUUUGUUUUUUAUUAAAAUUUCUUAACUAGAAAAGGGGUUACCAAGUUGCUUCUGAAUUUUUGUUUUCAUAGACUAAAAAAGCUAUUGUCAUACAAGAGUUAAUUUUCAGAAGAUCACAAAUUUUGGUAUAGCAAACAAUAUAAUCUAAUCCUAGAUGGUAGUAAAGUGUGAUAUUCAAGUCAGAUGCCUUAUUAUUAUGAGUUAAUUUUCUUCUCUAGAACCAAUCCCUUGCUUUCAGGAUAUCUAUGACACAUGGAAAACUACACCUUUUAGGUAAAACAUAUAUGUCACUAACAAAUUGAGAAAUUCAAAUUCAGAAUAUAAAAUACAAAUAAAUUUGGUUUUAGCUUUAUCUUAAUAGAACACAACAGCUGGAGUCCAGAAAUAUAUGAAAUUAAGAUUGAAGGAUGCAGAACGUUUUGCUACACACAUUCAUAGAGAGGCAGAAUGUAGAAUACACACUGGUUGUGAAUUCUGUCUUGAUUAUCACUUUGUGUGUAUGUAUGCAUGGAUGUAUAGCCAAUUUUCCAAAGACCACCUCAAGAGGAAUUUUACUAUAUCAAGUGCCUUUCAAAUUAGGCUAAAUUGUGUAUGUUUCAAAAAUAAGCACUGUAACAAUAUAGAAAACAACUUAUUUUUACAGGAAAACUACCAUAAUUAGACUCAAAGUUAGUGAUAAUUCAGGAGAAAUCUAUAAACAGCUUCCUAAAGUGUUUGGUCUUUUAAAAAUAACAUAGAACAGAGGUUCUCAACCUUGGUCUGCAGACCCCUGAGGGAGCAUGAUGUCAUCACGGGGUCCAUGAAGGCUUGAAGAAAUGCUGUGAUUUAGAUCUUAAGUUUUGGGGGUCCAUGGCCAUGGUCUGUGGCCACAAAAGAUAUUUAAAGGGGAUCCACGGUGAAUAAAGGGUUGAGAACCACUGAGAGAGAAGUCUGAGGUGGAAACAGACAACUGAGUUUGAGAACAUUGUUCAUGGCCUAAACUUGGAGUUCCAUGUGUAAAAAUUAAUAAUUUCCUUGUAGACAUCUCCCUCCAUGCCGCUCUCUUUCAAUGAGAGUCAUUUUUAUGACUACAAGUGUUUCCUCACCACAGCUAUUACAGUCAUGAUACAUUGUCAAAAUUUGAAAUGUUCUUAUUGACAAAACAGAUUGGGAAUCUUCAAUCAUGUACAUUUCUCUAAAUUUUAUACAUAAAUAAAUUUGUCUUGUUAUAUGGCA